GUGUGACCGGAGCGGCGGGAGUCAGGCGGCGCCCGCCGAGGGAGGCCCCGAGCCCGCCACCGUCACAACCGGCUGCGGGGCGGCGGCCUUCUCCUCGUCCUCCUCCUCGUCCUCCUCCUCCUCCUCUUCCUCCUCCCCCCGCCGCCGGCACCAUGAGCAUCGAGAUCCCGCCGGGCCUGACCGAGCUGCUGCAGGGUUACACCGUGGAGGUGCUGCGGCACCGGCCGGCCGACCUGGUCGGUUUCGCCGCCGAGUACUUCACCCGCCUGCGGGAUGCCCGCGAGCGGGAGGCGGCCGGCGGCGGCCGCAGGGUGGUCAGCUUCGACGGGGAGCCCAUGCAGACCGAGUCCAACGGCGAGGAGGAGCCCGACCGCGGCGACGACGACGACGACUCCGACUUCGAGCCUCCAGUUAUUAACCGAUGCAACAGAAGAGUAUCAGUUUGUGCUGAGGCUUUCGAUCCAGAUGAAGAAGAAGAAGAUACAGAACAAAGGGUAGUUCAUCCAAAAACUGAUGAACAACGAUGCAGACUGCAGGAAGCAUGUAAAGAUAUCCUGCUCUUCAGAAAUCUAGAUCAGGAGCAGCUGUCUCAGGUUCUCGAUGCCAUGUUUGAGAGGAAGGUGAAACCUCAGGAACAUGUGAUUGAUCAAGGGGACGAUGGAGACAACUUCUAUGUCAUUGAGUGGGGAUUGUAUGAUAUUGUUGUAGCAAAAGACAACCAGGCACGCUGUGUGGGCCGCUAUGAUAAUCACGGCAGUUUUGGGGAACUGGCGUUGCUGUACAACACUCCUAGAGCUGCCACCAUUGUUGCCACGACAGAAGGAGCCCUAUGGGGACUGGAUCGAGUGACAUUCAAAAGAAUUAUAUUGAAAAACAAUGCAAAGAAGAGGAAGACGUACGAGUUAUUUAUUGAAUCUGUGCCCCUUCUUAAAUCCUUGGAGGCAUCAGAGCGAAUGAAAAUCGUGGAUGUUAUAGGAGAGAAAGUGUAUCAAGAUGGGGAACGUAUCAUUGCUCAGGGUGAUAAAGCAGAUUCCUUUUACAUUGUAGAAUCUGGUGAAGUAAAAAUCAUGAUUAAAAGCAAGACUAUGACGAGUAAGGAAGCUAACCAAGAAGUGGAGAUUGCUCGGUGUCGCAGAGGACAGUAUUUUGGAGAGCUUGCACUUGUUACCAACAAACCCAGGGCAGCCUCUGCCUAUGCUGUUGGGGAGGUCAAAUGUUUAGUCAUGGAUGUGCAAGCAUUUGAGAGGUUGCUUGGACCCUGCAUGAAUAUUAUGAAGAGGAAUAUAACGCAUUAUGAGGAGCAGCUGGUGGCAAUGUUUGGCUCUAGCAUGGACCUGUUGGAUCCAGGGAAUUAGGCACAGGGUACCUCAAUGCCUUCUUAGUUCAAGACACAGAAAAGCCUCCUAUCAGCAACACAACUCACAAGGAAAAUGGACACUACGGAACAGUUACUGCUGCUGUCUUCUUGGGCAUUUUAAAAACCAUAAGCAAGUCUCAGCACAGAUGGAUUGCUCGCUCCCUGCCUCCACUUUGCUGCUGAUACUUCAUUAUUAGACCUAGAUUAAAGAUGAUUCUAACCCCGAGUUCACUUACUUGGUUCAGAAUGGCAUCUGUUCAACAGUUCAAGUGCCUGAUACGAAAUCCAAAGUGUACAAGAUACAGAAGCCUCCUUCCUCCUGGUGUUCCCGUUGGGAUAAAUUUUCAGAUCAGAUUUUGUGGUGGGAGGUUGCCUAUUCUGCAGAGGCAACCUGUGGAAUACAAGCCUUGUAUAGGCUUAUUAUCUUCUUGUAUUGUUUUCCUUACACAAUGUCAAAUUUGCUUUUAAUUGUAGCUUCUGGGUUUGAAGUUAAAAUACCAGUGGAGCUGGUUAAUAAGGUGGCACUGAAGUUUUCUUCUACCUGCUGAAAGAUGCAGGUACUAUAGCUCUUUAAACCAAGUAAACUGAGCUGGGGACACAGGUGAGAGUCUGCUUAGCAACAAAAUGCAGAAAAUGAAGCAUUACUAAAUUUCAAGUGUUUUCUGAGCAGCAAAGAAAAUUGUUUUGCUCCACGCUUCCCAAAAAGUGUGCAGUGAGUUCAGGUCAAAUGGCUGGAAGGUGUCAUAGUUGUCAUCUCCCCAAAUUUGCUCCUCGUUUCUGACAUCAGGUGGAUUUUAUUGUGGUGAGAUCACAAUAGAUGGCCACCUUCUGCUUACGGAGAUCCUUUAUACUGCUAGAUUUGCCAGGGUGCUGUUGUCUGGGUCAGUUUUAAAACUUUAUAAGGAGGUGAAUAUUAUGUAAUUUAAAGGAAAGCUACUUCUGUACUUAUUUAUAGGAGCUCCUCCCCGAAAAAAAAAAAAUCACGGUAUUCUAACUUUAUUGGACACUUGGAGUCCACUUGGCUUCCAAAUGCCAUGUUGAUUUUAAAAACUUUUGAAAAGUUAGUAACAUUGGACUUUGCAAAGCAAAUGUCUUUGCUAACUAGGCAGUUGGUGUACUUGAGGGAUCUUUUGGGUUAAGUGAUAGCUAAGCUAAUGAUGUUUAUCUAAAAUACCUGUUAAAUUUGCAGCAUUUUCUAGGUAGAUUCUAUUUCUACAGCUUUAAUGGACUUAAUUGGUAUACAGCUGAGAUUUUAUCAAAGUACUAUCUAAAUAAGAAUCAGACCAUAAGAAGAACAUUUUUAUGGUGUGAAAUGGAAUAUGUAUACUAAAUCAUUGAAUUUGUAGGUAAUAAA